CACAGGAGAAGGAGCAGGAGCAGGAGCCGGAGCCGGAGCAGGAGCAGGAGCAGGAGCAGGAGCAGGAGCAGGAGCAGGAUCCAAGGGACGAGGACGAGCAUGGCGACAUCGUCAUACACCUUCGUCAUCGUCGGCAAGAACGACAACCCUGUAUACGAGCUCUCGGUAUCGAGCAAGAGGGAUGAUUCGUCUGUCAACCAGCAGAACCAGUUCUUCAUCCAUGCUGCUCUGGACAUUGUGGACGAGGAAAUGUGGAAGACGCCGAGCAUGUUCCUCAAGGUGGUGGACAAGUUCAAUGACAGGAGCAUCUCGGCAUAUGUGACUGCUGGCCACAUGCGGUUUCUCCUGCUGCACGACGGGAAGGGCGAGGAGCAGGUGAAAAGCUUCUUCACCGAGGUCCACGAGCUGUACCUCAAGAUCCUCCUUAACCCCUUCCACCACCCCAACGACUCCAUCAGAUCUGCUGCCUUCGACCAGCGCGUGCGGAACAUCGCACGGAAGUACCUCUGAACCCUAGAGUCCAACCUCCUGGGUGGAUCUGCCUUGUUGUACAAACUCCUUCCCCUCAGGGAAGGAGCAAGCGCGCAGGGACGUCGACGUUGUGUCUUCAGACAAGCAGGACGGCUCGAGUGCGAGCAGCAUGCUUCCUUGCCGCUCAUCGCUCAUGGCGGAGAGCUGAUGCUUGGCUCCGCACGGUUCUCGUCGAACUCAAGAAGGAAGACGGGGCUGGGGCGACACGGCGCGUAGAGAGCGAGGAGAGGAGAGGAGGGGCUCCAGCAUACGGAGGAGGAGGAUCUGUACAAGGUGAUGGUGAAAAGGAGGAGGGAGUAAAGAGCGGAGAAGAGGAGAAGAAACCUGAGAAGCUUCUUG